GUAGAACUUUUGCAAACAAGAGUACACUUCCGUUUCAUUCUGUAUAGGUUCGGAGGAGGAUGAAGGUUUUUGCCAUACUCUAUCUGUUCCUUCUUGUGGAACUAUGUCAUGGUGGAGAUGGAAAGAAGGGAGACCAGAAGCCGGAAGAUCUUGACAACGACCCUAGUGAUCGACCAAGGGGUAGUUAUACAAGGCCAUCUACUAAUAUGACUGGAGGAAAUGAUGCUACUCUUGAUCUAGCCAGUCCUACUGUAUCCAUCGGCAAAUCCUUCGAGUACGAUUACGAUCAUGUCCAGACCAGAAUGGUUCUUCCUGGAGACAGUUUCAAACUCACAAAGAUUGUAAACGGUGCAGAAGAGGUUUGGAACGGUGGUACAGAUGGAAGGUGUACCCAAGUAAUCAUUAGCAUGAAGGACGGGAGCCCAGCGUUGGUAUAUCUUCACAAGAAAGAUUCAUCUAACAGGUCUUCCCUGACACUUUUAAAGAAUGGUAGUACAUGGAAGGUAACAGACGACUACAAGGGCGAACUCAAGAAGCUCAGAAGAACUCCAGAGUCCGUCACAGACUUUACAAUUAAGCUAGAGGAUAAAAAAGAUACUGACCAGUGCACGGUAUUUGGAGCAAUGAUUUAUGGACUCUCCGUCCAAUUUUACUUCCCUAAAUUCGGAUUUCAUGCCACUGAGAUUACUCACGGGGAAAAGUCUCUAUGGAAGGGAGACAAUGAAAGGGCCUUGGUCAUAAAGUUGUACAAGACAGGUAAUUCGUCACUUCUUCUUUUGUCUCUCAGAAAUGCUGAGGAUAAAUGCAACCUGAAAAGGUUCGAGAGUGUAGGCACUGAAUGGAAUAGUAUUGAGAAGGAUGCGUUUCAUAAAAAACUACAUGACGCUAGGAAAGCUAAAAAGUCAGCUGCUCAACAAGCCGGAAAACCUAAUGCUCCCCCUGCUAAACAUGGAUCUUCUUAUGGUACUGAAAGCUCUCUCAGUUCCGGUGGUGGUAGUGGAAUAGAUGGAUCUGCAAAACCUGAGGGUAAUGAAGCAUCUGCUCAGCCCAGAAACUCCUAAGACUUUCUCUUCACAGAAUGAGUCCAUAGGGAUUCCUUAUGGACCACCCAUCCACUCUAUAAUGAGCACAUAAUCUACCAGUUUCUAAAACUUGAAUACGCUCCAGGUAGACUUUUAAACUUCCAUAUC